CUGGGUAAGUGUCGGUUUGAAGUUUGCGGUAUUACAACGGUGCAAUUAACUUUUUGAUAGACGUUGUAGCUUGAACUCUUUUUUUUUCUUUCGAGUUUACAUCAUCGUAAAUAACUCUUUCACCCCUUACCACUUCUUUACCUCCUAACAAGCUAUUCAUCUGUUGGAAGCUUCUCGACAGCUUCCUAUAGGUCAAUUGCUACAACCAUGCAAGCUUUCUCUCGACAUUUGCGGCCGGGUGCCGCCGUUUUGCGCCAACUCUCUCGACGAGCCUAUAGCUCUACGACUUCUCCUUAUUCCCAAACGAUCGAUAACUUGCGCAUUAACGCCGACACCAAGGUUAUCUUCCAGGGCUUCACCGGAAAGCAGGGAACUUUCCACGCCCAACAAGCUAUCGAAUAUGGAACCAAGGUCGUAGGAGGCACAAACCCCAAGAAAGCUGGCCAGGAACAUCUAGGUCUUCCCGUCUUCGCCAAUGUUGGUGAAGCUGUGAAGGAGACUGGCGCAAGUGCCACUGCCAUCUUUGUGCCUCCCCCUCUAGCCGCCGCAGGUAUUGAGGAAGCCGUCUCUGCCGAAAUUCCUCUAGUGGUUUGCAUUACCGAGGGUAUUCCCCAGCAUGACAUGGUUCGCAUUACCGAUAUCCUCAAGUCUCAGUCUAAGACCCGUCUCGUCGGCCCUAACUGCCCCGGUAUCAUCGCUCCCGGCCAAUGUAAGAUCGGUAUCAUGCCCGGUUUCAUUCACAAGCGCGGUCGCAUCGGUAUCGUCUCUCGUUCCGGUACUCUCACCUACGAGGCCGUCAACCAAACCACCCAGGCCGGCCUUGGUCAGUCUCUCGUUGUUGGUAUCGGUGGUGACCCCUUCAGCGGUACUAACUUCAUCGACUGCCUUAAUGUUUUCUUGAAAGAUGAGGAGACAGACGGUAUCAUCAUGAUUGGAGAAAUUGGUGGAUCAGCUGAAGAAGAUGCUGCUGAUUUCCUCAAGGCCAACAACACUGUCAACGGUGGCAAGCCCGUUGUCAGCUUCAUCGCCGGUAUCAGCGCGCCCCCGGGACGACGAAUGGGUCACGCCGGUGCUAUCGUAUCUGGUGGUAAGGGUGGUGCUGACUCCAAGAUCAAGGCCUUGGAAUCUGCUGGUGUUGUGGUAGAACGCUCGCCUGCUGGUCUAGGACGAGCUAUGAGGGAGGCCUUUGUUAAGCGGGAUCUACUAUAGGCGACUUGUCUCUCAUCGAGAUAGAAAGGGGCAGCAUUUAGAUAUCUUGCGGACCUAGACGGGUAUAAUCUGUUGCGAGUCAACAAGGUCAGGUAUAUGUGUAAUGCUGCGUUCGCAACAAAACAGCUGUUGAAACAAGUGGCGCGGUUGGCAGAACUGAGCUGCAUUUGUUGCCAGGAGAGUAUCCUGUGUGUUUUUUACUUAACUCUACGAUAGACGGAGAAGGCGGACGGCGAAUAGUGCAUUGUAUCUUGUUGUAUUUGUCUCCCCAACAAUCCGACAUGACUUUGAAUACCUA